AUGAACAGAGAAGGCGGAAAGAAGAAGCCCCUGAAGGCAGCAAAGAAAGUAACAAAGGAACUGGAUGAGCAUGACUUGGAGUUCCAGGAGAAUGAGAGAAAGAAGAAAAGGCUUGAGCAGGAGAUGAAAGAAGCACUUCUGAAGGGUAAAAAGAAGAAAUAA